AUGACGGAAGAGCUGCUGGCUGAUCCAUCCUCGCCAGAGGUGUCCUACUUGGGGGUCUGGUCUGGUGAGGCGUCCCGUCUGAAAAAGCUAGUCAGCAACGUCAGGCCCAAGUACAGUAUCGCUCUGGACUCUGGCGCAGAGACAGCAAAGCGAUACGGUGUCUCAGAGCGGGAGACAGUGGUUGUGGAUCCCAGCGGACACAUUGUGUGGAGGGGGCUGCCUUCAAAUGUGAAGCAGAUAGUGGAGAGCUUCCAGGGGGACCUGGCAGCUGCACGGCAGCUGCAUGCCAAGGCUGCAUGA